UCCAGCUCUGACAGCUUUAGCAGUUUAGUGCCAGUUCAUGUUAGUCCUCCAGAGAUGACUAACGCCACCUGCAACAUCACCCACUACAGGUACCCUCUCUUCACGGCCACCUACAGUGGCGUGCUGGCCCUGGGUCUUCCCCUCAACACCUUCUCUCUGUGGCUCCUGUUAUGCCGCUUGGGGGUCCGCUCGGUGCCCUUGAUCUACAUGGCCAACCUGGCCCUCUCAGACCUCCUCUUCACCCUCUCCAUGCCGCUCCGGAUCCUGUACUACGCCAGGCGCCACUGGCCCUAUGGACACCUGGCCUGCAUGGUCUCUGGGACUCUGUUUAACGUCAACCUCUACUCCAGCUCCUUCUUCAUCAUGUUUAUUAGCGUGGACCGGUUCUUGGCUGUGGUCUAUCCUCUGCGCUCACGCCCGCUGAGGAGGAUCGGUGUGGCCUGGAAGGCAUGUGCGGCCGUAUGGGUGGUGAUUGGKGCCAUGGCGGUGCCAGUGGCACUGACUCACCAUGCCAGACAGAACCCGUGCGUAGGGUGGAUUUGCUUCGAGGGCUACACUCAGGACGAGUGGCGCUUUGGGUUCCAUAUCAUCUGUGUGGCUGCUGUCGUGGGAAAUGUCAUUCCGUUCGCUGUAAUUGUGGGCUGUACGGUGGUCGUGGUGCAUAAGCUGAGAGUGCAGAAGGCCUCCUCUUCCUCAUCCUCUUCCUCUGUGGAUAAGAGCCGAAUGGUGUGGCUGCUUGUGAUCAACCUUGUGAUCUACACAGUGUGUUUCAUCCCCUUUCAUGUUGCAGUAGUCCUAUUUGGGCUCCACAAGCUACGAUUCCUGCAAUCCCAGUUCCCCUUCUUUGACUUCCAUAUUGGAACUAUCUGCUUGGCUAGUGCCAACAGCUUCCUGGAUCCUCUCAUCUACUACUUCAGCUCCAAGAUUCUGAAGAUGGGGAGAGGGCAUACAGGAACUGAAGUUAAAUUCCAUGGUUCUGCCUAGUUCUGCCUKGCAGUGGAGGACUGGCAUUAGUAGUGGUGAGAAUGCUAGAGAUGGUCUUGAAUGAGUUAAUGGUGGACUUUGUUGUUCUUACACAUUCUAUACUGUAUUUAUGUAUGCGUGUGAGAAGUCAAGUGGCAAAUGGAAGGCAGUUACAUUGGUUAGGAUGUUGACUGAAGAAGCACCCUCAUUUGUCCUGUAUCGCUUAGUCUCAUUUUUGUGAAAACUUCUUCUGUCUAUUAUGAGUGUGAUGGGGAACGAAAUGUCAGUUGUGGUGUGUGCUUGUUUGUGUGGCAGGAGAGAGAGGUCACUAAUAGCCCUGAAGUAUCGUAGAUACAUAAUUAAUGUACCAAAUGUUGUAUAUGACAGUUAAAUUGUAGCUUCGUCCUAUAUUAUUAUAUUUUAUAAAGCCGUUUUAUAAACCUGUUGAAUGUCUUCCUCUGAAGGGAGAUGCAGUUGAAAUGUUGCAAUGUUAUUUUCUCUGAUUAUUGGUCAUUGGUCUGACUUCUGUGCUUGGAUUUGCCGCAAUGGAAUGAUGUAUUGUGAAAAUGUUUCUAUAAGAAAUAUAUUAAACGUUCAUUUAGCCUU